UCUGCUGUGACUGAGCAUCACUUGCAGCCAGAAUUUAAAAAAAUAAAUAAAUAAAUGCUCUCCUCCGCCCUGUCGCCAGUGCUGUGCGCAUUCUUCCUGACGAGCCCCGCGUUAUUAUUGCCGCGUUGCCACAGCAUGUUGCUGCUGCUGCUGCUGCUGCUUUGCUCCAUGCUCUCUCACACACACACACUCACGCACCACCAAACUCUCGCGGACGCCUUUAAUUAGACAGCAGACCACGCACAGCGCCGCCGCCGCCGCCGCGCACCAGCACCUGUUCCCACCUUCACACACAACAAGAUGCAGGCGGUGGGCGGUAGCCAGCGAGGGUCUCAGCGUGGCUUCAGCGUCCUGGAUCGUCUGCUGCUCACUCAUCCUGUGUGGCUGCAGCUGUCGCUCAACCACGACUCGGCGCUCUACAUCCUGCUCCGAGAGCCUGUCGGGACGUUUCUGGUGCGUAAAUGCAGCGCCAGCCAGAGGAAGGUGCUGUGUUUGAGAGUGACGGUGGACAGAAGUGCCUCCUCUGUUAGGGAGUUCUUCAUCUGUGAGGAAGACUCCACUUUCGCCUUGGAGACUUCAGCACUCACUUUCCCUGACUUGUGUCGACUGGUGGCCUUCUACUGCAUCAGCAGAGAUGUGUUGCCUUUUCCACUGGAGCUACCAGAGGCUAUUGUUAAAGCCACAACUCACAGGCAGCUGGAGGCCAUUUCACACAUGGGACAAGACUUCUGGAGCUCCCCAAGUUCUUCAGACCUCCAAAACGGACCGUUGGACCCUUUCGCAUCAAGCAGCAGCAGCAGCCAGGCCCAGACAGUGGUGACGCAGGACCGGUGUAAGCCGCCGAACCGAGGCAGACAAGGCAAAAUCUGUUUCAUCAACCCGCUCUUCCUGCAGCUAGAGGUUUGCAAGCAGCCACAACUCACAAACCACAGUGCCUCCAACAAACGGCACCGCUUCAAGCGCAGCAUGCGGCUCCGGCUCUCCGAGACCUCCAUGAAUCUGUCCCUCGAGGGCGUCGGCUCCUUCUCGCCGCCGCCGUCGGUGGAGCAGUCCGACGGCUCAGAGAGGCUGCAGAAGGCCGGCACUAACCCACAGAGGAGAGUUCACGCCGGGGCCGGAGUGCUGAGGAGGACCCCCGCUGUAUCGCCAGGGUCUGCAGAGGAAGAGGACAUGAUGUCCGUCUAUGUGCCUGAAACAUCUGCCAAGGUGGAAGAUCCUGCAAAGCCACCGUCGUCAGCCCGAGCAGAGGAUUCCGGCAUCGAGGUGGCGGUUCUGGCUCACGAGCGUCGUCCCGCUCCGUCCCUGGCCGAGCUGGACAGCAGCAGCUCCUUCAGCAGCAUGGACGAGGACAAUGGCUCGGAUUCAGAUCCAGAAAGCAUGGUCCAAACCCAAAUGUACGCCGACCAGCGCCCCCCGCUGGUGCGCUCCAGAGGCCGCGGCGGGAUGCACCGCAUGAGCGAGGCUUUUGUGUGUUUCUUUGCUCCGGACAAGCGGCUGACGCGACUGGUGGAGGAGCUGUCCAGAGACAGGCGCUCCAUCUUUGGCGGCAUGGUUCAGGACUUCCUGCUGGCGCAGAGGGAGGUGCUCAAAUCCCUGUCUUCAUCUUCAUCCUCCUCUUCCUCCUCCUCUGGGGUGACUUCCAUUCAGCUUCUGCAGGAUCUGCGGCUCUUUCUGUCCCAGGCGAAGUGCUGCCUGCUGGACAGCGGAGAACUGGAACCUCCCAUUGAGACUCUGGUGCCAGAGAACGAGAAAGACCUUGCACUGGAGCGAGCCAUGUUCUCCUGUGUGCUCCGACCUCUCAAGGCCCACCUCGAAAAAGCCCUGGUGGCGUCGCACAGUGAGGACGGCUCCAGCCAGCGCCUCACCCAGAACCUGCUCCGUCUGAAAGGGGACGCCGCCAUGGAGCGCCUGGGCGUGCGGACGGGCGUCCCGGACAGCCGCGGUGUGGAGCGCGUGAGGCAGAAGCUGGUGCUGAUGCAGAGGACGCACUCGCCCAUCGACAAAGUCCUGCUGCUGCUGCAAGUGUGCAAGUGCGUGCACAAGGCCAUGGGCUCCGUACACGGACAGGAAGUGAGCUGGGACGACUUCCUGCCAUCGUUGUCCUACGUGAUCGUGGAGUGUAACAGGCCUCACAUCCUGAUCGAGGUGGAGUACAUGAUGGAGCUGCUGGAGCCGUCCUGGCUCGGAGGAGAAGGCGGUUACUACCUGACCAGUGUGUAUGCCAGCCUGUGUCUGAUCCAGAGCCUGGACAGGGAGACUCCGCUGUCCGGCUGCCUGACGCCGGACGCCCAGGAGGCGCUGAAGGAGUGGAGCUGCAGACGGAGCCGGGAAGCCCAGAAACAAAAGGAGAGCCAGCAGAGUCAGAGGUGCGUUCGGAUACUGUUCCAGGACGGGGAGCGCAGCGCUGUGCGGACGUUGCAGUGGAGAGCCGGGGAGAGCAGCCAGGCUCUGGCGCAGCUGUGCGCCUCCACCUUCGGCGUGUCCGACCCGCAGCAAUACACUCUGUACUGGCGCAGCGGCGGCGAGAUGAGGGCGCUGCCCGCGCAGGCCCAGCCCCAGGACCUGGCGGGCCACAGCGAGGGAGGCCCCUCGCUGUCCUACCUGAGGACCGACCACGACUUCAGCAAGAUGCGGCGGCUCACCAGAGGUGGCGCUGUGGACCUGAGCGAGUCAGUGUGUGAGGAGUGAGUGGGAGGGACGGGAGAACGGAGGGAGGAGGAGGAGGAGGAGGAGGAGGAGGAGGAAGAUGGUGGCUCUCGCUUUCGCUCUCUUUCUCUCUCUCUUGUUCUGUCUCUUUCCCUCCGGCAGUGUCGUGUCUCAUCGUGGGUCAGGACUUGUUGUGAAAGAAAAAAAACAAAAAAAACUGCAGCUACUCUCCAGACUCGGAGCAGACCUUUAACGGUAAACUCUUUUCCCUGAUCGGACCAGAGCGGGAGCAGGACCAACCCCAAGUGGCGACCGGUCGCGAUGUCAUCCAAUAAAAUCCCAAUUCCCCCCGUUCUGAAAGCCGCCAGAUUCACGAUUCGUCCCGCGCCACUGGACGUCCACAGACGUCGCCCUGCGACUAGGCUCCUAUUGGACGACAGCAGCUGUCAAUCACACUGGUGUACACUCAUAUGUGCUGUCCUCUAACUGGGAACAUCAUUUACAAAAGUGACGUCCUGCUCCAAAAACAUGCAAUAUGUGGAGUAGGUGAAUUGGACACUCUAAAUUGACCGUAGGUGUGAGUGAGUGUGAGAGUGGACGGUUGUUUGUCUCUGUGUGUGUCCCUAUGAUGGACUGGCGAUCUGUCCAGGGUGUGACCCCGCCUUUUGCCCUUUGUCAGCUGGGAUUGGCACCAGCGACCCCCCCCCAUCACUGAUGCUAGCCUACAAAGUGCUCCAUGGGUCUGCUCCCACCUACUAAAAUGUUAUUCGUCGACUGGCGGUGCCAAAACCCCAGACUCUUCUCGUGCAUCGUUCCACGCCGGUGGAAUGACCCACCGAGCGCUACCAGAAAAUGGGGCGUCCCUGUCUGACUUCAAGAAGACAGACAUCUUCUGUCCUAGCUCUUGCCUUACCUUCUCCUACUGCACUUGAAUCCACUUCUGCACUCUCACCCUCCACCAGUCCACUGUUCCUAUCUUCUUUGUAGCUUAUUCAUCUUGUAGGUCGCUUUGCUAAACGCUUAAAUAGAAAACUCACAACAGAAUAUGUAAGUAGUUAGAGGAGAAUAGAAAGAGAGAGAUAAUAAAGGUAAAGUGCAGAAGUAUACAGUAUCUGAACGCCUCCAAACGCCUCAUGACGGUCCAUAAAAGGCCUUUGAUAAUGGUGUUACUUCAAGAGCACAACGUUUGCUCAGGUGGUUCUUGGUAUAAAAAGUCUGAGAACCUCUGGUCUGUGGGUUUUACAAAAAGAAAACAUUUGACAAAAGGACAUUUGUGGGUAGAUUGAUUCAGAAAGUGUAGUCCAUUUGGCCACUUAAGUGAAAUUCAAGGAGGGUUUCAGUUUCAAACUGCUGAGUCACUUCAAUUUCAGUAUCUGUGUAUUUGACUCGGAAAGAGAAAUUAUAGGCAAAAAAAAAAAAUCUCCAAAUUAUCGCGAUAUUUGACUGUAUGAAUUUUUCUCCCCCUCACCGCUAAUACUCUUCUCAGUUGUCCUUAGGCGCCAAACUGGAAGACGAUGUCCACGUCUCAGAAAUGGAAUGGAAAUUAGCAGUUAGCCACAGGGGGCGACUCUGUCUGUUUGAAUGGAAGCAAGUAGAUAGUUUCAGUUCAAUCAGAGCGCGACGGCAACUUUGUAAAUUACGUUUCCAUUUGUCGAAACGUCCACGACAAACCAUGAGUGUGAUUGACAGCUGGAAUCGUCCAAUGGGAGCCCGUGUGAUCCACCCCCACCGGCUUCGUGCAAAUCGAAAAUCCCAAAGGCUUCAGAGUGGGAUGUCUUAGUUUUGCAUCCGGAAGUGUCCGUCCACUUUUAUAUAUACGAGCAUAUAUGGACCACCGUCACAGGGACUGUUGCCAAAAAGUCGUACUAUGUACCACUCGGUGUGGCUGCCGUGCGUUGAAAAGGAGUGUGGAGUGUGCUUCUUAUUUGUGACAUGGAAAAUGUGUAAUACUAAGUGGAUUUGGUUGUUGUUUGAAAAGCCUGGACAUAUACCAUGAAGGGAUUACAUCAUCCAAACGUGAGGAGGCUCAAAUCCAAAGACAAAUUCCGUGAGACCAACGUUGCCUGGAAACACAGUCGCAGGCAGUUUUGUCCAGCGCGGUGAUGUAACCCUUUCACCGUAUAGUCCCGGGCUCCGUGUAAAAGACACUUGGAUGUUUAAUUACUUCAUUUUGAAUGUGUAAAAGUCUGCAGAUUCUCGGAUGGAACCAGCUGUGACGGGGUUUGGUGGGGGGGGGGGCCCAAACCUCAAUACCAAAGGGACAAAAACGGGAAAAACAAAGAGUGGCCAUUUUGUGGUCUUCAUCACGUUUACAGUGUGGAGCUUGAAGGAAGCUUGAAAAAUAUUUUUAGAAAAACGCCCACUGAGGCGAUUUUUUUAUUUUUACUUUUCUGGAGAAGGACCACGCUCUCCUCCUUUGCUCGCAUGUACUAUGAAGCGUAUUCGGCUGGUUGAGUAGGAGUAGUAGAAAAAACAUUAAAUAACUAUCAGCUCUGUUUUUAAACCAUGUGAGAAACUCACAUUUAAGGGAUUGUUAAGGUUUUAUGAAGCCAGGUUGUUGGACAUGCUGACACAUUUUUGGAUUUUUGCCGUGAUUGACUUGAGAUAAAAUCUACUCUUGCUUAUGUCUACAAUACAUUUCUGAAUAUGGUCACUGCUUUUUUUCUCAAUGUUUAACAGCUUUUUAUGUCCGGAAACUGCAGUUUCUACACGGCUCAAUCUCUCAUACCAAAGCCCAUAAAGCCCACGGCACACAGGAGUUCUUAAUCCACUUCUGUCUCCGUACGUUAGUUCCGAUGCAUUAUUAUUAAUAUAUUAUUCAACGCAAACUGACCAAAUGAGGCAGCAGUGGACCAGGAGUUCCUGUGACCAUGUGAGCUAAAAACGCUCAUUUUAUGUAUGGGAUUUGGUGCGGGAGAGGAAGGAUUGUUUGGAAACUGAAGCUUGUUAGCCGCUCACUACAGAUAUAGAUAUCUACAGAUAUCACAGACGUGAGCAGGUGACGUCAGUAUUACACCUUAAAUACAAAGAGACGGCCUGCAUCACUUUUGACUGGAUGACUUGCGAAUGUAUAAAAGAAACCCUUUCUUUCCAGAGUCCAAGAAAACCCUCUGACGUCGCGUUUCAGCUCUUCUGCUCUUUCUCUUAGCUGUACUGUACAAAACCACACAACCCGGACUCACUGAAAGGACAGUCUGACAACAAACCCCCCCCCCCCCCCAUCCCGGAACUUAACGGUGACCGCUCGAAUGUAAAUGUCAUGGUCACCAGCUCCCGGUGGCUCCUGCUGCAAACCAUCACAACCCCCAGCCGACUGUUCAACCCGGUGUCACUAUCAGUUAUCAAAUUGUGUAUUUAAAAAACAAACAAACAACUUUUACUUGUUCAAUUUGUUGGUUAGAUAUCAAACCCCUAAGUAUGGAUUUUUCUUUCCCCGACAUAUCCGGAGUUUUUAAGUGAGGCUUCGCUCGGAGCAGUGCGACGUGUGUUUUUUGAACAUUAUUGCAUGCUUUUUUUCUUUCUUUCUUUCUUUCGUUUCUAACGUGAACGGUUUCUUCCCGCGAAUGUGGUGUACGUGUGCGUGACGCAUGUGUUCACUGUGAGAGCUCAAAAAAGUUUCUUUUCUGUGUACGGAAAAAAAAACAACCCACAUUACUGUAUUUUGUCAGGUAACUCAGUAUCGCAAUAAAUAAAUAAAUGAAUGAAUACAUUACAA